GUACUCUGGUUGUUGUUGUCGUUAUAGUAGUAAGGUAUUGCAUCUCUUGCGAGGAUGUCAAGCACAGAGCCGCCAACAUCAGGUAUGAUCCCUUCGAACUCUAGUCAGACACCGGCUCCACAGCCUACAAAGCCAAAGCUCAACGGUGACCCAAAGAAGCUGCCCAAAUUGCCAGUCCCGAAAUUGGAGGAUACAUGUAAACGGUAUCUGAGGGCCUUGAAGGGAUUGCAGGAUGAGGAGGAGCAUCAUAGGACAGAAGUGGCCGUCAACGAGUUUCUGACUCAUGGAGAAGGCGAAUACUGGCAGAAAAAGCUUCUUGAGUACAACGAAGGCGUCGACAGCUAUAUUGAGGAAUUUUGGUACGAGAGCUAUUUGUCGCAUGCCGAAUCUGUUGUUCUGAGUCUUAAUCCCUUCUUCGUCCUCUCAUCCGAUGUAACCCCUCGAGUCAACCCACAGCUAUCGAGGGCAGCCUCACUCAUCUUGUCCUCCCUGUCGUUCAUCCAUGAUCUGCGAAAUGGUCUCCUCACACCCGACUCUGUCAGAGGCACCCCUCUGGACAUGAGUCAGUAUGAGCGAUUGUUCGGCGCCUGUCGAGUGCCGACCGAUAGAGGCUGUCGCAUGGAAGUACACGAUGACAGCCGGCACAUUGUCGUAAUCCGACGAGGGCAGUUUUACUGGUUUGACUGCCUCGACUCGCACUAUCGACCGCUGCAGAGUGAUAAGGAGAUCUUCAACAACCUCGAAGCCAUCGUACGAGACGCCGACAAGACACCCGUGCUCCAAGUGGCUCAGAACGCCAUGGGUCUGCUGACUACGGAAUCACGAAAAGUCUGGUCACAUUUACGUGAAGAAUUGAUCAAAUCGAACAAGAACAAUGCGAAUUGCCUCUCGGUGGUCGAGUCGGCCCUGUUCAUCGUCUGUCUCGAUGAUGAUGGACCAGAGGAUCUGGCGGAAUUGUGCGGAAACUUUUUGUGUGGAGGAUACAAAUUGGAUGGUGGCGUGCAGGUAGGAACUUGCACGAACCGAUGGUAUGACAAGCUGCAAAUCAUCGUCUGCGACAACGGUGAGGCAGGCAUCAACUUUGAACACACCGGCGUAGACGGACACACCGUACUGCGAUACGCCGCGGACGUUUACACGGAGCUGGUCCUCCUUUUUGCAAAGACUAUCAAUCCCUCGACACCAUCCCUAUUCAAAGCAAGAUUCUCACCUCUUGCAAGAGCCUCAAAGGCCAAAGCCGAAUCGAACGAGGAAGAAGACGUCGACAUUUCACCGAAGAAACUGGAAUGGCGUCUGACUCCAGAAAUCAAAGCUGGCGUCAGAUACGCUGAGACAAGGAUCUCUGACUUGAUCUGUCAGAAUGAUUCUCAGGCCAUGGAGUUUAGAGGUUACGGAGGGACAUUCAUCAAGCGUCAUGGGUUCAGUCCGGACGCUUUUGUUCAAAUGGCCUUCCAAGCGGCUUACUAUGGUCUCUAUGGUCGGGUCGAAAGCACUUAUGAGCCAGCCAUGACCAAGGCGUUCCUCCAUGGACGUACGGAGGCUAUUCGGACGGUUCAGCCAGAGUCCGUAACCUUUGUCAAGACGUUUUGCUCCGAAUCCGCGUCGACUCAAGAAAAGGUCAAAACCCUUCGUGAUGCUUGCAAGCGACACACGCAGCUCACCAAAGAGUGCUCCCAAGGUCUAGGACAAGAUCGUCAUCUCUACGCCAUGCGAUCUCUCAUCCAGAAAGAAGCUCAGCGGCAAAGUAACGGCUCGAGUGGAGACAGCCAUGCGAAUGGCACUUCUGGCGUCAAAGUCCCCGCCAUCUUCACCGAUCCGGGCUACGGACUUCUCGGAACCAGCGUCCUGUCCACCAGUAAUUGUGGUAACCCAGCAUUGAGACUCUUCGGUUUCGGGCCAGUCACACCGGAAGGUUAUGGUAUCGGUUACAUCAUCAAGGAUGAGGGGAUUUCCAUUUGCGUCUCAUCCAAACACUUGCAAGGCCGUCGAUUCCUAGCUACGAUACAGGCGUAUCUUUUAGAGAUCAGAGGCAUGUUAGUUCAGCUGUGGAAAGAGGCCAACGAGGCACCGGAAGCCUUUAUGGAUCACACUGGUAUCCUGAGAGAUGCUCGGACAGGCAAGCCUAUCGAGAGUGUGGACGAGGAGGAGAAGGAGAAGGAAGGGGAGGAGAUGAUGGGCGGGUUUGGGUUCUUCGAUGUCGGUGCUCAGUCAGUCGCUCCUCAAGCGAGAAGACGGCGGCCUCAAGUUGGCAAAGUCUUGUCGAUUGCAGAAUAUUAAGA